AUGUCGGCCAAAUCUCGAUGGGCCGACGACGACCCAGAGACCGAAGCCAUCGUCGCGCAACAAAAACGCGAAAAGGAGGAAAAGCGACGCGCCAAAGCCGAGAAACAACGCCAGCUGGAAGAGAAGGAGAAGAAGAAGAAGAAUAAUGACGAGAACACCCAGGCAGCAAUCAAUGGAGAGUCAGGGCCCCCGAAGAAGCGCCUCCGUCUAUCCAAUGACCCCGAUGCGCCCCCGACCACCGCCGAGGUCGACCAGCAGGACCGCAAGAAACAGUCGAGCUUGUUGCGGUUCCCCGUGCGUGAAUGGGGGCCCUGCAGACAUGUGGAUAACUUCGAGCGCUUGAAUCAUAUCGAGGAGGGCUCUUAUGGAUGGGUGUCGCGCGCCAAGGAUAUCAACACGGGCGAGGUCGUCGCGCUGAAGAAGCUGAAGAUCGAGAACUCGCCGGACGGGUUCCCUGUCACGGGGCUACGGGAGAUACAAACGCUUUUGGAGGCGCGACAUUCGAAUGUGGUUUAUUUACGGGAAGUGGUCAUGGGGAAUAAAAUGGACGAUGUGUUUCUGGUAAUGGAUUUCCUGGAGCACGACCUCAAGACCCUCCUCGACGAAAUGCGCGAGCCCUUCCUCCCAUCCGAGAUCAAGACCCUGUUGUUGCAGGUAGUCGGAGGAUUGGAGUUUCUGCAUGCGCAAUGGAUCAUGCACCGCGACCUCAAAACCUCCAACCUCCUCAUGAACAACCGCGGCGAGAUCAAGAUUGCAGAUUUCGGCAUGGCUCGCUACUACGGCGACCCGCCACCCAAACUCACCCAGCUGGUCGUCACGCUGUGGUACCGAUCACCGGAGCUGCUGCUAGGCGCCGACAAGUACGGGACCGAGGUCGACAUGUGGAGCAUUGGCUGCAUCUUCGGCGAGCUCCUCACCAAGGAGCCCCUGCUGCAGGGCAAGAACGAGGUCGACCAGGUCUCGCAGAUCUUUGCGUUGACGGGGCCUCCGAACUCCCAGUCCUGGCCCGGCUUCCGGUCCCUGCCCAAUGCUAAAUCCCUGCGUUUUCCGCCGUCCGCGCCGGCCCCGUCAUCAUCGGGUUCCUUGCCUCUGUUGCCUCGCUCUCGUUUUCCCUACCUCACUAAUGCCGGCCUCGGCUUGCUCUCUUCGCUGCUGGCGCUGAAUCCCGCUGCCCGGCCCUCGGCUCAGCAGUGCCUCGCUCACCCGUACUUCCGGGAAGAUCCGCGCCCGAAACCGCGCGAGAUGUUCCCAACCUUCCCGUCCAAGGCGGGCAUGGAGAAGCGUCGUCGCCACCACACCCCCGAGGCCCCCAGACGCGGCCAAGAAGCUCCCGAGCUGGACUUUGCCGGCGUUUUCGGAGGUGCCCCCGGCGGGGAUACCGGCGAGGUGGGAGCAGGGUUUACGCUUCGUUUAGGGUAG